AUGAUCAACAACUAUCGCAAAAGCUUGGCUCAAUGGAGCAUUGUGACCUAUGUGGUAGGCCUUGGAGACCGACAUCUGAGCAAUCUUCUUUUUGAACUCAAAACUUGUAAAUUGGUGCAUAUUGAUCUUGGUAUGAUACUAGAGUACAGCAAGAGAACUCUGCCAAUUCCUGAGCGAGUACCGUUUCGAUUGACUCGCGAUCUACUCGACCCUAUACUUAUUGAGGGAACCGGUGGCCGACUUGCAGAGGAAUCCGAAAAUGCAAUGCAGUUGCUGCGUGAUAAUGCGCAUGUCAUCUUGGGAUUAGCUUCCGUAUUACUACGCGAAACCAUCUCAAAUUUCGAGGAAGUUAAUCCGAACCAUGACAGACCAUCAUUUGUUUCAAAAACUGCACUCGCUAGACUUCGAGACAAACUCAAUGGGACGGAUGAUUCUUUCGUUCAACAAGACGUGCAAAAUCAGGUAAAGCUUAUUAGGUUGUCUCAUUAUGGGAAGGAGUGGAGAGGAGAAAGGAAUGUCAAUGAGCCCAAGGAUGCAUUACUUUUGGUGUAGGC